UUGCUGCUGCUGCUGCUCUCCAUCGACACACGACACACACCGAAAAAGUUUAAAGGUUUGAGGGAUUCAGCUCAGUUUUAAAGCUGCUUGUUGAGUCCUGAUCUGACACCCUGCAGCCCUUAGCGGAGGGAGGAAUGCCCUGGACCCGACCCCAGGUGGACCUUCAUGCUCCUGGAGCGGAGGCUAUGGACCAGUACAACAUAGACGCCCAUCACUACGAGGGCUCCCUGUUCCCCACCUCCACCCUCAUCCCCGUCACGGUCAUCUGCAUCCUCAUCUUCAUCAUCGGGGUGACGGGCAACACCAUGACCAUCCUCAUCAUCCAGCACUUCAAGGACAUGAAGACCACCACCAACCUGUACCUGUCCAGCAUGGCGGUGUCUGACCUCGUCAUCUUCCUCUGUCUGCCCUUUGACCUGUACCGCCUGUGGAAGUACGUGCCCUGGCUGUUCGGGGAGCCCGUGUGCCGCUUCUAUCACUACAUCUUUGAGGGCUGCACGUCGGCCACCAUCCUCCACAUCACGGCCCUGAGCAUCGAGCGCUACCUGGCCAUCAGCUUCCCCCUCCGGAGCAAGGUGGUGGUGACCAGACGCCGGGUCCAGUACAUCAUCCUGGCGCUGUGGGCUUUCGCCCUGGUGUCGGCGGCUCCCACGCUGUUCCUGGUCGGGCUGGAGUUUGAUAAUGACACACACCCAGACUACAACACGCGGCAGUGCAAGCACACCAACUACGCCAUCAGCUCCGGGAAGCUGCACAUCAUGCUGUGGGUGUCCACCACCUACUUCUUCUGCCCCAUGCUCUGCCUCAUCUUCCUCUACGGCUCCAUCGGGUGCAAGUUGUGGAAAAGCAAAAAUGACCUGCGAGGUUCUUUGGUCCGCGAAAGAUCGCACAGACAAACAGUGAAGAUCCUGGUGGUGGUGGUGCUGGCCUUCAUCAUCUGCUGGCUGCCUUACCACAUCGGCAGGAACCUCUUCGCCCAGGUGGACGACUACGACACGGCCAUGCUGAGCCAGAACUUCAACAUGGCCUCCAUGGUGCUCUGCUACCUCAGCGCCUCCAUCAACCCCGUCGUCUACAACCUCAUGUCUCGAAAGUACAGGGCCGCCGCCAAACGCCUCUUCCUGCUGCACCAGCGGUCCAGACAGGCCCGCCGCGGCCAGAGGCAGCUGAGCGUGAUCGACCACACCUCCACCCUGAAUGAAAGCCUGACCGGGGUGUGAGGGGGGCCCUCGGCAAGCUCUUGGGUAAUGUUGUCUUUUUUUUACCGAGGGGGAGAGUUUGCAGGUUUCUUCCAGGUCCAGGGAUGCAGCUAAAGAGGAAAGUCGAUGAAGAUGAGGAGGAAUGUUUGUUCCAUUUUUGUUUUCUUUCGGGGAGAAAGCAGCGCUGAAAGCUUUGCCUCAAUUCAAUGCAAUUUCUGAUUUACUAUUCGGAGGCGGUUUUGUUAAAGGAGAUUGGAUGAUUCAUUUCCAAACGU